AUGGACACAGCAGGAGGCGGCUGGACUGUGAUCCAGCGGCGACAGGACGGGUCGGUUCCCUUCAACCGGACCUGGGAGGAGUACAAACAGGGGUUUGGGAACAAGAACGGGGAAUACUGGCUUGGGAACGAGAACAUCCACCUCCUGACAAUCUUGAAAAACCACCGUUUAAGAAUUGAUUUGGAAGACUGGGUUGGAAACAAGCGAUAUGCCCUUUACAGCGUUUUCAGGGUGUCUGCUGAAGCGGACGGGUACCGCCUGCACAUUUCCGGGUAUUCAGGCAACGUGGGAAACGCCAUGGUUCGCAACAACGGGCACAGGUUCUCCACUGUGGACAGGGACAACGAUGUCGACAGCAGCCGCCACUGUUCUCAGCGGUACGGACAGGCCGGCUGGUGGUUUGGGCACUGCGGCUACUCCCACCUCAACGGCCGCUACUUUGGCAACUGUGGGAGCUUCUGUUCAUACAGGCAAGGUGUGAUGUGGGCCUACUGGAGAGGCUAUAGUUACUCCCUGAAGUCUGUGUCCAUGAAAAUCAGGCCAUGAUCACGGUAUCAUUACCUGUCCUUACCGAAUCUACGUUUACGGAAAAACGAUUUUGCUUGAUUAAAACGACAUGUAGUUUUUCAUAGAUUCAAAUUUUGUCACAAUCAUGAAAAAAAUCAGUUUUGGCCUAAAUUGUAGAGUUGAAACGCUAAAAAUGAAUUGCUCAGAUCUUUAGUACACAUCUAUUCAGCAGGAGACAGGAUAUCAUAGCUGGAAUACACAAAAUCAGUCAAACGA